GUUAAAGCCGGGGCCGGGUCAGAGAGAAAGACAAUUCUGCAGAACUGAGAGAGGCUGAAGAAAGAGAACACUCACAAAAACAAGUGUCCUAUUAUAUACACACACACACACACACACACACACAAAUAGUUCCUGAUCAGUGACAGACACACACACACACCUCCAUUACUGGACCGUGGACUGACCUCUCCAGGAUAGACCCUCUCAGGACUCCCUUUUCCUUCAUCAUGUACCAGCACCAGCCGAGCUCCUCGGGGCUCCAGGAGGUCUCCACCAAGCGACUUGUCCGGGAUGGAGCCUGGAGGGUGAGCUCAGGGCGGUACUGCCGUUGGGUCUGUCGAUCAGGGGUCGCACCUCUUUGGCUGCUGUUGACGACUUUGCUGCUUCCUGGAGCCUGGAGUUACCUGAACGAGGAGCAAGAGGAACUGCUGGUCGAGCUCCACAACCACUACAGGGGACUGGUGACGCCAUCCGCCUCUGCUAUGCUGCCUUUGCAAUGGGACACCAGUCUGAAGGUGAUAGCUGAAGGCUACGCUGCUAAAUGUAUGUGGAACCAUAACCCAGACUUGGAGGAUACUGGAGAGAACCUGUUCGCUGGCACCAAAGCUCUGGACCUCAGACAGGCUCUGGAGGAGUGGUUCCUUGAACAUCUGGACUACAACUUUAAUAACAACAGCUGUGACGAAGACAAGAUGUGUGGACAUUACACACAGAUGGUGUGGGCAGAAACACACAGAGUGGGCUGUGCGCUCCAUCUCUGCAGUACCCUGCAGGGUCUGAACUGGGACAGAGCUUCCUUUCUCGUCUGUAACUACUAUCCAGCAGGAAACUACGAGGGAGAGCGUCCUUACGUCGAAGGUGAUUGGUGUUCGAGGUGUCCGGAAAACAUGCAGAAGUGUGAAAACAACCUCUGUGUUGCUGAGGACGAGGAAGCGGACGAAGACGACGAGGAGGGAGAAACUGCCACAUGGGGACCAAUAGCCCCUUCUCAAGAAUCAACUUCCACUUUCUUUAAUCUUGGGGAACAGAUUGAGGACAGCGACGAGGAGCUAUUUGUUCUUCCUGCUGUUACUGUUGAACCCCAGCUGCUGCUACUUCAGCGGCGGCUCCUCUUUACGUGCCGUUAG